GGCAUCCAACACGUUUGGAUAACCAGGAAAAACUUUAUUUAAAGGAAAAAUUGGCUGCUGAAGAAAAACAAAAAAUUGCAGAGCUGCAAAAGGAACGAGAAAAGGAAAGAGAAAAGGAAGAACUUAUGCGCACUGCAGUAGAUGCUGGUCAUCUUAAACAAUUUAAUAGACUUGACUGGAUUUAUCAAGGACCUAAUAAAGAUGUCAACGCAGAGUUGUACUUAUUAGGAAAGCGACUAGACCGUUUGCCUGGCGAUAAAUCUACAAAUGAGCCACUUAUAAACAGCGAGCUUCCCGGCUCUACUUUUUCUCCAGCAACCAACACUAUUGAUUUGGCUUCUAAAAUAAGAGACGAUCCUUUAUUUCUUAUAAAACAGCGUAAGAAAAUUGCUUUAAAAGAAAUUUUGAAGAACCCAAUAAAACUCGCUCAGCUAAAACGCUCAUUGGGUCUUGAAGACACUAAAAAAAAGGACCUUAAAUCAAAAAAAUCUCGAAAAAUAAAGUCAGCAGUGAAGAACGAGAAAACCCACGUGACUCCCGAGGAUUUGACACCACCCCACAGCUCCUCUAACAAAUCAGCAACUCGUUAUUCAAAACUGCCCUUUGGUUUAACUCUUAGAGGACAGGAUUUUAAUGAGAAAGAAGAAGCAACAAAACCUAUUAUAAUUAAGGAAAAGGAAAAGAAAUUUAUUAGAAGAGGGCCAUACAUACCCCCAAAGUUAUCUGCUGAAGAAAAGGAAAAAGAAUACGAAUCAUUAAAAAGAAAUGCAGAGUGGGCCAGUGAGCAACGAGAAAAGAGAAUAAAAGAACUCGAAAGAAAAGAAUUAAAAGAAAUUUUACGCGAAACUUCAGAUAUUUCGAAAGCGAAAUUUUUAAAACAAGUUAAACGUGAAGCGGCUUUUGAGAUUAGCUUAAAAGAACGAAUCAGUCGCAAUAAAUAUUCUAAUCAGCGAAUCAGAAAUAAUAGUGAAAGCAACUUUAUAAAAAGGUGA